AACAAGACUUCCCCCAUCUUUUUUUUCUCUCACUUCUCAUUCGACAAGUACGAAGAAGAAGAAGAGAAGAGAGAAAACUUUUAGUGAGAGAAAGUCUUUGAGAGAGAGAGAGAGUUGAAGCUAUAGUGUAAUGAACAAUUUCUAGCUAGGGUUUUGUUGAAUUGAUAAAUUAUUGAGAUGGAAAUGUCUACUAGACGAUCGAAUUAUACUUUGUUGAGUCAAGUUGCAGAUGACAAUUACCUUCCUCCGCCACCGAAGUACUCCGUCACUGGCGGUGGCGGUGGAGGUGGAGGAGUAGCACCGUAUUAUGAGUCUCAUUCUGGUGAGAAGGGUAAAGGAAAAACAGGUGAUAAUAGAGGAUUUGAUUGGGAUUUGAGUGAUCACCGUAGUAAUAUGAUGCAAGCGUCGAAUCGGAUCGGUGCGGCGGCAUUUCCAGGUUCGAUUGGCUUGCAGAGGCAAUCAAGUGGGAGUAGCUUUGGUGAAAGUUCGAUCUCCGGGGAGUAUUACAUGCCGUCGUUGUCUAAUGCGGAGGCGUCAUUUGGAUAUCUCAAUGAUGGCGGUGGCGGUGCUGAAGUGAGGAUGAAGCCGUUGGAAGCUAAUUUGUUCGGUGGCUCGUCUUCUAAGAGCUGGGCGCAGCAGACUGAGGAGAGUUAUCAGCUGCAGUUAGCUUUGGCUUUACGGCUUUCUUCGGAAGCUACCUGUGCUGAUGAUCCAAAUUUUUUGGAUCAUGUGCCUGAUGAAUCCGCAUCCCGUGCUUCAGCUUCAGCUGCUUCGGCGGAGACCCUUUCCCAUCGAUUCUGGGUAAAUGGAUGCUUGUCGUACUUUGACAAAGUGCCUGAUGGAUUUUACUUGAUCCAUGGGAUGGAUCCAUAUGUCUGGAUUGUCUGCUCAGAUCUACAAGAAAAUGCCCGGGUUCCAUCUAUUGAAUCAAUGAGAGCUGUUGAUCCCUCUGUAGUACCAUCAGUUGAAGUGAUUUUGAUUGAUCGGCGUACGGAUCCAAGCUUGAAAGAACUGCAGAAUCGGAUCCAUAGUCUCUCUCCUACUUGCGGCACAACAAAAGAAGUAGUUGAUCAGCUUGCUCAGCUGGUCUGCAGUCAUAUGGGGGGCGCAACUUCUGCCGGAGAAGAUGAGUUGGUUCCUUUGUGGAAGGAGUGUAGUUAUGAGCUGAAGGAUUGUCUAGGAUCCACUGUGCUUCCCAUUGGUAGCCUGUCUGUUGGCCUUUGCAGGCAUCGAGCUUUGCUAUUUAAAGUUCUAGCUGACGCCAUUGGUUUACCAUGUCGAAUUGCCAAAGGAUGUAAAUAUUGUAACAGAGCUGAUGCUUCCUCGUGUUUAGUUCGUUUUGGACCUGACAGGGAGUACCUGGUUGAUUUGAUUGGGAGCCCUGGAUGCUUAUGCGAACCAGAUUCCUCGCUCAACGGCCCAUCUUCUAUCUCAAUCUCUUCACCAUUGCGAUUUCCGAGAUUCAGAGAAGUUGAACCAACAACUGAUUUCAGGUCACUUGCCAAACAGUAUUUCUCGGAUUGUCAAUCGCUUAAUCUUGUGUUUGAGGAAUCUUCAGCAGGAGCUGCUGUUGAUGGAGACGCAGGACAAACUGACCGAAAUAACAUCGAGAGAAACAGUGCUGUCACUGGUCCAAGUAACCGUGAUGAAGUUUCUCGGUUACCUGUGCCUGCAAUUAGGGACAUGGCUCCUGUGAAGUAUGUCCGUCCAGAUUUGCAUGGAGAUACACAAUUAUCAGACCCAAGAGAUAUAGGGAAUGAUAUGCGAUUUCUUGAGAGAGGAAGUCAACUUGUUCCCGCUAAAAUAAGUAGAGACAUUGCCCUUGAAAUAGAAGAUUUUGAUAUUCCCUGGGAAGAUCUUGUUCUGAAGGAGAGGAUUGGGGCAGGGUCUUUUGGUACCGUUCACCGUGCUGAUUGGAAUGGUUCUGAUGUUGCUGUGAAGAUACUCAUGGAACAAGAUUUUCAUGCAGAGCGAUUCAAGGAAUUUUUGCGGGAGGUUGCAAUUAUGAAGCGGUUGCGACACCCAAAUAUUGUGCUUUUUAUGGGUGCAGUUACUCAGCGACCAAACUUGUCCAUAGUUACAGAAUAUUUAUCAAGAGGUAGCUUAUAUAGACUUCUUCAUAAACCUGGUGCUAGGGAGGUUUUGGAUGAAAGGCGUCGGUUGUCUAUGGCAUAUGAUGUGGCAAAGGGGAUGAAUUAUCUACAUAAACGCAAUCCUCCCAUCGUUCAUAGAGAUUUGAAAUCUCCAAAUCUUUUAGUGGACAAAAAAUACACAGUGAAGGUCUGUGAUUUUGGCCUUUCUCGUUUAAAAGCGAACACAUUUCUCUCGUCAAAGUCUGCUGCUGGGACUCCGGAAUGGAUGGCACCUGAAGUUCUUCGUGAUGAACCAUCAAAUGAGAAAUCUGAUGUAUACAGCUUUGGUGUUAUUUUGUGGGAGCUGGCAACGUUGCAACAGCCUUGGAGUAAUUUGAACCCAGCACAGGUUGUAGCAGCUGUGGGCUUUAAGGGGAAAAGACUCGACAUUCCACGUGACUUGACUCCUCAAGUGGCAAGCAUUAUAGAGGCCUGCUGGGCCAAAGAACCAUGGAAACGUCCCUCCUUUGCUGCAAUCAUGGAUAUGCUGAGACCACUAAUUAAACCUCCUGUAACACAUCCUCAACCAGGCCGUACAGACACGCAGUUGAUUGCGUGAAUGCGUGUAAUAGAUGUAUGAUUUCUGCACAUAUUUGGCAUUCUUUGUUAAUCAUCUUCUGGGAGGAACAAAUCUUUGUUUACUUCAGGCUUUUGUUCCGUACAUAUUAGUUCAGAAUGCCCGUCUAGAGCCGUUUCUUUUUUCACAAAUUCAAGCAGCCAUUUCUCCCAGAAGACUAUUUGCAAUUGACUUGUACGUUUCCUCGUGGAAAUAAUGUCUAGCCAUAUGAUUUUGUUAAUGUAAGCAAAUAACAGUUCUUUUAUUUUCUAUCAAGAAAUGAUUUUGUACGUACAAGAAUUUAUAAUGGGAAUGCACAGUUCGUAUCACG